CGCAUGCACGGUUGCGUGGCCUAGAUCAGUAGUUGUCUACUCUCUCCCUUGGUGACUACCGAGACAGUCUCAGCAUCGGAACGUGAGGAAAGGUUGUCAAACGUUUUCGUUUUUUUCAACAAACCUUGUUUGAAAGGACGGAGAAAGCUGUUUAGCACAUUUAAAUUAAGUUUUGUUGCAGGUGAGCGCUGAGACAGAAUUGUGUUUCGGCGUCGACUGGUCUCAUCGCAUCUGAACAUCCAUUCCUUUCAUUCCUGGCGAUCCAGCUAGCUAGCAUCACUGAGGUGGCCACCAUAAUCGAGCAGGCUGACAACGCACAUCAAAGAUGUCGGGUUACCAAGGGAAAAAAAAUAUCCCUCGCAUUACAGACUUGGUGACAGUCUUUUCCAGGAAGAAAAGAGGUGGCAAGUCUAAGGAAUGGUUCUGAACUGCAUAAACAAAUCUCCUGAGCUGCAAAGUGAUCGUCUCCUCAUCAAAGGUGGGAAGAUCGUGAAUGAUGACCAGUCUUUCCUUGCUGACAUCUAUAUGGAAGAUGGAGUUAUAAAGCAAAUAGGCGAGAACUUGAUUGUUCCUGGUGGGGUGAAGAUCAUUGAAGCCCAUGCACGUAUGGUGAUGCCCGGUGGCAUAGAUGUGCACACACGCUUUCAGAUGCCAGACAGGGGCAUGGUAUCCGCCGAUGACUUCUACCAGGGCACACGUGCUGCUCUGGCAGGAGGAACCACCAUGAUAAUUGAUCAUGUAGUCCCAGAGCCGGGUGGAAGCCUGAUGGCAGCAUUCAACCAGUGGAGGGAAUGGGCUGACAGCAAGUCCUGCUGUGACUACUCCCUGCAUGUAGACAUCACUGACUGGCACAAGGGCAUGCAGGAGGAGAUGGAGAAUCUGGUUAAAGACCACGGUGUCAACUCUUUCCUGGUGUAUUUGGCUUAUAAGGAUGUUUUCCAACUUUCUGACUCCCAGAUGUAUGAGGUGUUUAGUGUGAUUAGAGACCUGGGAGCCAUUGCUCAGGUCCACGCGGAGAAUGGGGACAUCAUUGCUGAGGAGCAGCGUAAGAUUCUGGAGCUGGGCAUCACUGGCCCUGAGGGUCACGUGUUGAGCCGUCCAGAAGAGGUGGAGGCAGAGGCAGUCAAUCGAUCAGUCACAGUGGCCAAUCAGACCAACUGCCCCCUCUAUAUCACAAAGGUUAUGAGCAAGAGUGCUGCUGAUGUCAUUGCCCUGGCCAGGAAAAAAGGUGCUGUGGUGUAUGGAGAGCCCAUCUCUGCCAGUCUGGGCACAGAUGGAACCCAUUACUGGAGUAAGAACUGGGCCAAGGCUGCUGCCUUCAUCACCUCCCCACCACUCAGCCCUGACCCCACCACUCCUGACUAUCUCAACUCACUACUCUCCUGUGGUGACCUGCAGGUGACUGGUAGUGCUCAUUGCACCUUCCUCACCUCCCAACGUGCCGUGGGCAAGGACAACUUCACUCUCAUACCAGAGGGCACCAAUGGCACUGAGGAGAGACUCUCGCUCAUCUGGGACAAAUGUGUGGUUACUGGAAAAAUGGAUGAGAACCAGUUUGUUGCCGUGACUAGCACCAAUGCGGCAAAGAUCUUCAACCUGUACCCUCGCAAGGGACGCAUUGCAGUGGGUUCUGAUGCCGACCUGGUGCUGUGGGACCCAGACAUCAGCAAGAUCAUCUCUGCUAAAAGCCACAACCUUGCUGUGGAGUAUAAUAUAUUUGAGGGCACUGAGGUGCGUGGAGCUCCCAUGGUGGUGAUUAGCCAGGGCAAAAUAGUGUUGGAAGAUGGAAACCUCCAUACCACUGAGGGCUGUGGGCGCUAUGUGAGCCGCAAGCCUUUCCCUGACCACGUUUACAAGAGGAUAAAGGCUCGAAGUAGGCUGACGGAGUUGAGGGGUGUCCCCAGGGGUCUUUAUGAUGGGCCAGUGUGUGAAAAUGUAAGACCUAAGGUCAUGGCCCCGGUCACCUUGGUGAAGACUUCUCCAGCCAAGCUGGAGCAGCAACAACAACCGCAUCAGCCUCCCCAUCCUGUCCGUAACUUGCACCAGUCUGGCUUCAGCCUGUCUGGUGCACAAGUUGAUGAUAAUGUUCCUCGCCGCAACACCCAGCGCAUCGUAGCCCCCCCUGGUGGGAGGGCCAACAUCACCAACUUGGGUUAAGCUCUCCUGUCAACUAACCCAGGGAGCAGUCCUGAAGAAUCCAGCUCAGUUACCAGACCAACCAUCACAAUCAACAGAGCUUCUUCUAUAUUAGUUCCUUCUCUCACUCAGCAGCAUCAUUGUCAAAAACACUAUAUUGAUACAUUUAUAAAUGCUUUCACUUAAUUCAGCCAAAAAAAAUUAAGUAUAGAACUCAAUGUUUGCCAUUACAUGUCAUUAAAUGCCAUCUAGAUUUUUUAAAGGAAGAGUUAAGUGAAUUUGGACACCAAUUGAUGUUUUGCUGCACUGUGAUAUACAGUUGAGAAAAGGUUUGUGAAUCCCUUUUAAUUACUUUUUGAAUUACCUACAUAACUGCAAAAAUGGCUCCUGAUAAUGACUUCUGAUGUGGGUAAUUAAAAGCAGGUGUUCCAAUCAAUGAGAUGCCCUGUCACACAAAAUUCCCACAAUUUGGUUAUCGGCAAAGUCUGCCCCUCAAAAUUUAGUUGAGGAAUAUGGUCAAAAGAAAUGUCAGAAGACCUUGGGAGAACAGUUGAAACUCAUAAAGCUAAGAAAGGCUACAUACGCACCCAAGACUUGGGCCUUCCAUUUGUUUCCAGUCAGACCGGUUGUGUACAAAUGGAGACAAGUUAGUGCCACUGUUACUUUUACUAGGAGGUGCUGACAAAAAACCCAAAGGUAACAGUUAAAAUUCUGCAGGCGUCCCUUGCAUUUUUUCACAUCUGAGUCCAAAAUAAAAAAGAAACUAAGCACGAGUGAGGGUUAUGGGAGGGUACCACAAAGACUGCCACUGCUAAAUACACAAACCGCCACAACACUCCUGGAACAAUGUUCUGUGGACAGACCAAACAGAUAUGUAACUUUCUGGCAGUAGGGCACAAGGUUGUGUUUGGAGGGGGAAAGAACCUCCCAUGUCCCCAACUGUGAAGUAUGGUGGAGAGAGCAUGGUUUCAAGCUGGAUGGCCUGUAAUAAUUGAGGGAACAAUUAAUUCAAACUUGUAUCAGGAAAUUCUACAGGAGAAAGUCUGUGAAAUGGUCCGUCAUUUGAAAAAUAUAAGUAGUUGGGAGAUGCAGUAUGACAAUUACCCUAAACAAAAGAAAUGUACCGCAGAAGGGCUUCCUGACCUCAACAUUAUUGAAAUGCUGUGUCAUGACCUGAAGCAAGCCAUCCAUGCAAGAUGCCUCAAGAAUAUCAAUCAACUGAAAUAGUUCUGCAUUCAGAAAGUAUUCUCUCACUUCUCCUUCAUUUUCUCCAUAUGUUAUGUUACAGCCUUAUUCUGGAUUUCUUCCUCAUCUAUCUACACACAAUACCCCAUGAAGACAUAGCAAAAACAAGUUUUAUAAUUUUUGCAACCCCACGUAAAUAUCACAUUGCAUAAAUAUUCAGAAAUCUUUACUCGAUUCACUUUGUUGAAGCACCUUUGGUAGCUAUUCCCACUGUGAGUCUUUGGUAGGACGCUACAAAAGUGGUACACCUGUAUUGGGUGUUUCUCCCCUUCUCUGCGGGUCAGGUUGUUGGAAACGGCACUGCGCCACACUCACAUUUAUUCCUUGUUCCAAAAGGAAGCUCAACCAGUUACAAAAAAAUCAUGGUUGACAUGUUAUUUUUUAAGCCCAUGCUGUUUGUUUGACCAAUGGUGUCAAUUACAAAAUAAAAGUACACCUUUUUUAGUUUUUGUUCAAUCACACUGUGUUUAUGUAUUAUGGCUUUGGUGAAGAUCAAAAUAUAUUUUAGGAGCCGUUUCUGCGGGGAAUUGAAAAAGUGUUCCCAAACCUUUUCUUUAAAGUGUAGAUAUUUAUCAAAUUAAGUUUAGUCUACAUUGUAGCUCUUAAUUGUAUUAAGAGCUAGGACCUGUGGAUUGCACGACUGUGGCAUUUCAUGUGUCUACUAUUCAACGGCCUUCCUCAAAUGCACAGAUUUAAAUAUGUUCCACUUUUUUAAACUAUGGAGGCAUUUCAUGACGACUGUUCCAUGAUGUCAGACAUGGCAUUUUUAAUUACUGUACAAUGUGUUUUGUUUUUCUUCAGUCUUAUAAGUAAAGGUUUCAUAUGUUGGGUAUUAUUGUGACUGUAGAAUAGAAUUAAGGAAAGCAGAGGAUCUUUCACCUCUUUAAAUCAGUUUGCAGUAUUUGUAUGAUUUAAAAUACCUGUAAUGGUUCUAAGUGUCCUGUCACAGCAUGUCUUUCUAGGUCAGUAUAUCCACAGAACCUUUAGCUGGAACUUUCAAUUUCUACCUUCCUCUAAUUGCUGCAUUUUUGAAUUGCUGUAUUGUUAUCGUCUGGAGCUAUAAAUGCAUUCUAUUCAAUGAAAUACUGUCUUCACCAGGUUCCUGUAGUCACACGGUUUUAUUUCUAGUGACACUGACAGCCAGGGUUUUUCCCUAACGACCUCUCUGCAUCAGGUGCUAUUUGAUUAAUGCUGUGUAUGUGCAGAUUGUGGUGCUUAUGUUUUUCCCCCACUUAAUAACAUCAAUUUAAACUGUGUGAAAAGUUUCCGGGAGGAUUGGGGUCAGCUAUUACCAUUAAUCCACUGUGGUCUUAUGUUACAGUGUUUUAUAUUAGCAAAAGCUGUUGUUUUGUAUAUUUGAAAGUUGAAACUGUGGAAAUGCAAUGUUGAUUUUUAUUAAAAACAGUGCAGUCAAUUUGUAUUUGGAGUGUAACACAGGUUGUUUACAAAACACUUUGGUUUCCAAAUGCUUCAUUAAAAGUGGAUGAAGAUGCCCUGAUAUUAACGCUGACAGUCUGUAAUUUAACCCCAGCAUUACUGUAUCAUUGAAAAUCCAAAGUGCUGAAGUACAAAGCCAAAGCAACACAACGUGUCACUGUCCAAAUAUUUAUGGACUGCACUGUUUGUUUUUUCAAAAUGCUUUCAAUAUCACGUGUUAUGUAUUAGUAAGUAUUGAUUGUAAUAACACUGUAAGAACCAUGUACAGUAUUUAUGAAAAAUACCUGUUAAACCCUACAGUUACCAAGCUAGUACUAGUAGUGCUUUGAGACCCCGUGAAAUCAACAAUAAUUAAAUUCAUUAUUUAUAGUGUGCUUAUGAUGUGGUUUGAAUCCCCUCGUUGUUUUUGGUGGCAUUAGAAUAGUACCCGAAGUCCUAUGAAUAGUAAUGAUGGAGACACGAUGACAUCAUAAUCUUUACUUUCUUACCUAUUAAUGUUAGACCUCACUGUUAGUGCCACUCAUCACUAGACCACAAGCCCAUGUUAACCACUAAAUAAGCACUGACUGUGUAAAAGGUAUGGUAGAAAAGGUUCAGAUCAGUCAUCAGAACAGUUUCUGUAUGCUGUCAAUUAUUUUAUUCUUUCUUUGCCUUGUCGGGUAUACAGUAGUUUAUGCCGAGCCAUUAUGUAAGAAUUCCAUUUGGGGAGGUUUCAAAUAAUUUCUUAUGUAUUAGAACAAACACAAUGCACACUCCCAAAUGUUAUUUGUAAUAUUCAGCAUUUGUUGCCCUCCCCAUGUAGUGAUGAAUUGUUGCCUAUGUACGUUUUGUAGGCUAACAGGAUUUUGAGAUACUUAUUCCUGACAUAAUUGAGUAUGAUUGAUGUUAACUGAAAUGGUUUUAAACAUAAAUGUGUCUACAAAAACAA